AUGACUCUCGGCUACCCCAAACUCUACGCUUUCCCCUCAAAGGAGGCUCUCCAAUCCGACCUCUACACCUACGUCCUCCAGGCCCAAACCGAUGCCUUUGCGCGCCAUUCAAAGUUCAAGGUCGCCGUCUCCGGCGGAUCUCUCCCGGCCUACCUCGCCUCGCCACAACUCAUUUCCUCCUCAAAGAUUCAAUGGUCUAAGUGGGAGAUCUUUUUCGCCGACGAGCGCGCCGUGCCCCUCGACCACCCCGACAGCAAUUACGGCCUCCUCAAAAAGGAGCUCCUCGACAAGAUCCCUUCCGCAAACGGCCAGCCAACCGUCAUCCCCAUCGACGUUGAGCACCUGAACGACACGCAGGAGCUCGCUGAUGCUUACGAGCAGGCGCUUGUGCGCUCGUUCGCCGCAAAGGACUCGGUCAAGCUACCGAUCUUUGACCUGAUCCUGCUUGGGUGCGGGCCCGACGGGCACUGCUGUAGUUUGUUCCCUGGGCAUCCGCUGUUGAGGGAGGAUGUGGCGUGGGUUGCGCCAAUCGAGGACUCGCCGAAGCCGCCGCCGAAGAGGGUCACUUUGACCUUGAGCGUUGUGACCCAUGCGAUUAAGAUUGCGUUUGUAGCGACGGGAGAGGGCAAGCAGGAGGUGCUCAAGAAGAUUUUUGACGAACAUCCGGAUGUCCAGGGAGGUGAGGUCCUCCCGUGUGCGCUUGUGAACAGGGGCGCUGGGGAGAAGGUUAGCUGGUUUUGCGACGAGGCUGCGGUGAAGGGCGUCUCUUUCCCGAAGAAGAGCUCGCUGUAG